UUAUUAUCAAACAUCCAAGAUGUUCAGCAACUACAUUCACGGUUGAUGUGUCACGGCGAUUUUUGUAUCCUUUGUAAAUGCUAUUUAUACUGCGCUUACUCAGCUGCUGGUUUAUUUAGUGGGAAUACCUACCAUUGAUAAGAAUCUUCCUAACAAUAUUAUUUUAAAUUCUAUAAUUGCCUCCGUAGUACUUGAGAAACGUGACGGUGCUGCUACCACACUUACCAUGUGCUUAAUACAGGUUUUGAGUAUAACUAUUUACAUUGGCGGUUCUUUAGUGAAUGGAGCGGCUCUUAACGGUGUUGCGAACAGCAACGAAAUAAUUGGGGUACCCGGGAAAGGAAAGUUACUAAAUGUUAAAUCAUAUCCGCCCAUUGAGAACUACCAAAGUGGACUCUAUGAGGUCUAUCAAGAACCGUAUUAUUUGGGCAUAAAUCAACAAGCAGCUGUAGCUGUACUAGUCAGCGAAGAAGACGAAGGUGUGAAAGGAGAAGUCGUUUUUGUCCAAAAACAUCCUCCAGUUGGGCCCGUUUUUAUUAGAGGAAAUAUUACUGGAUUGACCCCUGGAAAGCAUGGACUUCAUAUUCAUCAAGCGGGGGAUUUGCGAGAGGGGUGUGAAAAAUUAGGUGGCCAUUUUAACCCGUACUUGAUACAUCAUGGUGGUCCUCGAUCAUCAGUUCGGCACAUUGGAGACCUGGGAAACGUAGAUGCUAAAGAGGACGGAGUGGGUGAGAUCGUGGCUAUAGAUCCUCUCAUGUCUCUCUCAGGGGGUCCUAGAGGAAUAGUUGGACGUGCGCUAGUAGUUUCUGAAAACGAAGAUGAUCUGGGCCAAGCUGGGAACGCUAACAGCCUUGUGGACGGCAACGCUGGGAAGCCAGUUGCUUGUGGAAUUAUAGCGUAUAUAAGAUGAAAGGCUAUGAAAUAUAAAGGUGCUAGUCACCUUGAGUUCUUCUAUAUUCGCAGAAUAAUUAUUCUAUUCGACCCUACAGAUAGAGUUAAUACAUAUACUACUUCCAAGAACAUCACAGGCGUAGGUUAUCACAUAGGUGAAAUAUCAAUAUGUAUUAAUUAAUAACCUAUCAACAGUUAUUAAAUGUUUUCACGACAAUUAGGUAAUAUAGAGAGUAUAUAUUUUUUAGUUUUACUGCUAGGUAUGUAUGAUUCAGUAGACGUAGCACUGUCAAAUAAUUGGCCAUCAUAAGAAAAAGAUGGAUGUUAGAAAGCCUUUUAUAGCUCGUCCUCAUCAAAAAAUUAAUUUAAAAACAGGGUUUCUACUUAACAAAAUGUCAACGAAUACGUUUACCGCCCGUGAAAUAUAUUUCUAUUAUUACUAUAGUUUCCGUCAUCCACGUGCACAAUGAGAUGAAAGCCAUCUUCAGUUAAAUUAUAAUCCAACUGCUUUUGCUCCAAAUACCGAACGAUUAUUGGUCAACUUCUCGAAUGGUGAACGAUUGUGUGCUACUGGUUUUCAUUCAAUUUUCUUGCUUUAUCCUAACUUGUGUGUGUAGCUUAAGUGUAUUCGCAUUAAAAUGUCCCCAGGAAGAAAUUUAAGUGAAUUUGAUGCGGUCAAUAUUGCCACCUUGUUGGAAGAAGGGUAUUCCCAACGGGGGGUCGCCCGAAGGUUAGGUGUUCAUCACACUACCAUUGGUCGAUGACUUCAGAGUUUUAGGGAAACAGGUUGCCAUGCUAGACGACCAGGGCAAGGCCGACCAAGAUCCACAAAUCAAGUGGACGAUCGUUUUAUAGGAUUACGAACGAUACGAUACUGAGAAAGUAUCGAUACUUACUCAAAUGGGUAGUACCCAAAUCAUCUUGCGAUACUACUCAUAUGAGUAUUCUAAAAGUAUCGAUACUUACUCAAAUCAGUAACUUACUGAGAUAGUAACUUAAUGAGAUACUUACUCAAAUGAUUACCAAAUCGUCUUGCAAUACUGCUCAUAUCAGUAUUCUGAAAGUAUAGAAACCUUAUUAUUAUUACCUGCUCCCAAUUUUAUUGACUGACUCGAUAUUGAGCGACUCUACGUUUAAUCCUCAUAAACACAUGUUAAGUAUACAUUUUCGAUGAGUUUUUCAAGACCGAAAUUAACUGUUACCGUGAAUUGUAAUUGUAAAACAGACGUUUAAAUAAGGGAUUGUAAUAAAACUCAUGGAAUAUAAAUUAAUGCAUUUAUUGCCAUAAGGUAAACAAAAAAAUAUUAUUUCUGAAGGUUUCCCAAAAAAACAGUUGCUGCAUUAUUUAGGGGAAAAGCUUUUUCUAUUGUGAGUCAUAACAGCACCAGCUUUAGGAAAUAGACAUUCACUUAUAAAAGUUAGGACAUGCCGUUUGCAUGUCUCCCAAUGGGUCACUUUUCAAAGAUAUUAUUCAGUUCCAUAUUGGUUUGACAUCGUCAAUAAGUUUUAAAAGUGACUGUUCAGAACCAUUAAUACGUAUCUUGCUUAUUCAACGCAUAAUUUCACGAACCUUAGAUAUAGCUGUUUCCACACUUGGUAAUUUUAAAGCCUCUUCAACAAUGUGAUUUAUGUGAUUUAUUGUGUGAGCCGAACAGGGCAAAUAUUUCAUUGAGCGUACGAAUACCUAGAUAGAGCAUAUGCAUUUUACUAUUUUGAUGAAAAUGACAUGACACACCUAAGAAACCUCGCGCGUUCAUUGUUUCUGCCCAAGUGGCUAAUCUGACACAAAUAUUGUCAAUCUUUGACAAAAUUUAGCUUUAGCUAUAGCUACACAAGCUUCAUAUUUUUCUUGGGUCAUCUUUUUUAAAUAAGCUGCACUAGGUUGGUACCUUAAAAUUAGGUUGAAGCACUUUCAGAAGGCGUAAAAAUCCUUCUCCUUCCACAAUGUAGGAAGGCAAUAAUUGCAAACAAUAAACGCUAAAGCCUG